ACAGUGUAGGCAAUUGCCUUAUUUGAUUUUUUGUGAUAUGGAUAAUUGUUUUUGCGUUAUUUGUUAAUUGUGAAUCAAAAACUCAGCAAAAUAAAUUAGUCAGGCUUCUAGCAUUGGACAUGUAACAUUUUUUAAUGUAGGAAACAUUUAUAAGAGCAAAUCACUGACCUCCAUAUAAUAUGAACGUAAGUGGUGCAGAUUUGGAAAAGCGGGUUAAGUGGCGUAACAAUUGAACGACAGUACUUAUCCCUCAAUUGUCAUGAGCCUAGCUAUAGAAAUGGGCAGUAGUGAUUGGUAGUAAUCCGGCGCGCAUCCCAUGUUAUUUUGGGGGAGGGGAGAGGAGGACGGGGAUCAGUGGUUAGGGCAAAUGGUAGCACACCAUCGCCACAAGCCGCACCGCAGAAUUAGUUUGAAACGCCGAAUAUUAACAAAAGGCAUACUUCUGGGUUGAUAUAAUCAGCUGACGUUAAAAAGUUAAUUCCAUAUCAAGGUGAGCUUCAAUAUUAUGCAAUAAUGUUUGUAUAAUGAAGUAAAUAGAAGUGCGUAACAUUGCUUAUGCAUAUUGUGUUGGUUGUUUUUAAAGGAUGAGGUUUAUCCCGAUUUUCACUUAUUCGGUGUAAUUAAUUAAUGUUAAAAAAAAAUUGAUAUUUGGCCUGACGAGUUUUAGCUUUUAUGCCUAAUGCAAUUUUUCAAAAUGAAAUUCAGUGUAAACAAGUUGUGCAUGAUUUGAAGUCAAGACUAGAUGUUGAAUGGUGUGAAAAAGACGUCAUUGAAGAAUUUCUAUAUCCAAUUUUAGGUGUCAAUAAAUUGUAUUUCUGUGAAACAAAAACUGAUUUUUCUCUGACCUGAUUUAAUCACCAUUCAGCAUUUAGAAGUAAUUUAGUAUACUUAUUUAUCUUUCCAUUAGUUACCAUGAAAGCAAAAAUUCAUAGGAGUGAGCCAGAAAAAUCAGCUGCAAAAAUGGAGGAGUCAAAAGAGAAAGGUGAAAAUGAAAGAGAUGACAAGCCUCGUAGUCGACAGAGCAAACGUAAUAUAAAUAAAAUCGUCAAGUAUCAUGAGUUUGAAGAUGAAAAUUCUGGAGAAGAAGACAAUGUGAGACCCAGGGGCCGACAGGCAAAAAGAAAAAGGGGUGAAUCAGAAGACGACGAGUUUGCAGAUGAUGACAACAAAAAGAAGAAAAGUAAUCCGAGUGGUAGAGGUAGGAAAACAAAAGAGAAAGGGAAUAUAGAAAUCGUAGAUAUUGAAUCAGAUGGAGAAGAAAAAACAAAAAAAGAGAAAAAUGUUGGAACCAAGAAAAUGAAUCAAACUUCAAGUGAUUAUUCUUCCAUUAAUUUUUCAUGUAACAAAUCUACAAUAGAUGGAAAGACAUGGAAUUUUAAAAUUUCUUCAUGGAAUGUGGGCGGACUGAAAGCAUGGUUAAAG